AUGGUGAAAUACUUUUCUGUGGACUGGCUGGCCCAGAGCCAUCACAACACCGCGCCGACUGAGGAGCACGGAGCUGGCAUGGACAUCGCGCCGACCUGCAGACCCCACAUCCCCUGCAUGGUGCAGCCGCGCCGGCCGGCUUUUGGCAAGUGUUACCUGCAGCCAAAACCCAAAGCAUCAAAGCCCGUUGAACACAUGGAGAGCAGCGGGCAGCGGGACUCCAGCCUGUGCUCACCUCUGCAUCCAACAAGCUGCGCCUCACCAAUUUCAGAAAUCAGCGGAUAUUCCUCCGGGUACGAGAGCGAGGCGGCUUCCUCUGAGUGCCUCUCCGUGGAUGACGGAAGCGAGCCGAAGAAAGACGGAGCGCAGCGCCGUGUGCGCACCAUGUUCACCCCGGAGCAGAUCAGCAAGCUGGAGAAGAUCUUCAACAAGCACAAAUACCUGGACUCUGGAGAGAGAGUGAAGACGGCGCAGAAGCUCGGCCUCACAGAAACUCAGGUGAGGACCUGGUUCCAGAACAGGAGGAUGAAGCUGAAGCGGGAGGUGCAGGACUGCCUCGCUCCCCAAGUCCCACCGGUGAUGUUCCAUCCUCUGCCCCCGGUCCAGUACCGCAGCAUGGGCGGACAGCUGGCCCCCUACCCCGCCGCCGGCCCGGCCUUUUACCCAUUCCCCGUCCCGCAGCUGCUCCUCCAGCAGCAGAUGCCCCCUCGCCACCCUCCUCAUGGCAUGAUCCACGGCUCAUAUUUCUACUGA